AUGGAAAAGGACAGGCUUUUAACAAGCACACCAGCCCCAGAAGCAGGAUCUCUAGCCCAGCUAAGUGAAGAAUCUUCACCUGCCCCUUCCCUUGAUAUUGACAACAGUGGUUCUUCCUUGUCCACCAAGGGCAUCCCUACAGCCGCAGAGGAUGAGCCUGUCCCUGGUGUUUGGACUGUAAAACCUGUGCCAAAAGGUAAAAGGUAUGGCCCUUUUGUUGGAGAAAGGAAGAAAAGAUCCCAGGUGAAAAACAAUGUGUAUAUGUGGGAAGUUUAUUUUCCAAACUUGGGUUGGAUGUGCAUUGAUGCUACGGAUCCAAACAAAGGGAACUGGCUUCGGUAUGUGAAUUGGGCUGGCUCGUCUGAGAAGCAGAAUCUUUUUCCACUGGAAGUCAACAGGGCCAUUUACUACAAAACUUUCAAGCCAAUCAACCCUGGAGAAGAACUGUUAGUGUGGUACAAUGGGGAAGACAACCCAGAGAUAGCAGCUGCUAUUGAGGAAGAGAGAACCAGUCACCAGAUCAAGAAGAACUUAGCGAAAGCUAAGAAAGGUGGGUGCUACGUUUUUUCAAACUUGUUCUGCUGGAUUUAAGGACACUGUACUAAGGACCUGGUUUUUGCUGAGUUUGAUCAUCUUGAACUUUUUACCAGUUCUGCUGCACAGUAAGAAGAGAAAGGCAAGGGAGAAGAAGAAAAAGAAGGAACUUGAUACAUUUGAAGGGGGAGAAGAAAAUUCUGAUUCUGGAGUUGUUGCAUUGGAGA